CUCCAUCACCAAUACCAACCUUUCCGAAUACUCAUCACAUCCCAACCCAUCACAAUGGCCACUCUUCACUACCUCCCCCCAGUUAAGCCCUCGGCCAUCGCCCUCGGCACCGCCUUCAACCACGCCAUCUCGCUCGCCGUCCUCGGCCCCGUCUUCGGUGACUCGUACCGUCGCGCCCAGGCUGCCAACUCCAAGGAGGAGUUCUUCCACUCCAAGGAGGCUGCCACCGCCGCCGCCUCGUGGGGAUCUUCCCUCGCUGGCUCCGCCAUCCAGGCCUACGGUGUUGGUGCUCUGAUCAACGCUACCGGCACCCUCACCUACAAGGGCGCUGCUUACCUCGGUUCCCUCAUCUUCUUCGCUUCCGCUGCUCCCUCGGUCGUCUCCCAGGUCCUCACCGAGAAGCGUCCCCUUGAUACCAUUGCCGUCGGUGCCCUGGCCCGCGUCUUCGAGACCGUCGGUCUCUCCCUCUUCCUCACCUACUGGGGAACCAGGACCAACCCCUUCGACUAAGCGUCUUCUCCCUUAAUAGCGGUGCGGAUUAGUUUCCUUCCAUAGGCAUAGGUUGAAAUGCCUGUUUGUACUGCGGCUACGAUGAGAUUAUGAAGAGCCUUAUGAGGCCUGUCCAAGCAUGAUUGUAACAAUAUCACUCAAAUGAAAUGCAUAAUCCAACGCCCUCUUGCUACGUGUGAUGUUGAUUGCAUGUGCUUUUUCAGUCCCCAAAUACCAUCGCAUCGUGUUCCCCCCGAACAGUAUUAGCGGCUAUUGAUGGUUGUUGUUGUGUCUCGGAACACGAUAGCCUAUGUAGUCCGGGAUGAAUGGCGCAAUUGUGCAUUUCUACUGUAAUGAAAGAGUCAG